AUGCCAGUCGAGAGUGGACCAAGUCAGGAGGAGGAACUCUUGGACGAGGAUGUGGAGGGGGACCCAGAGACCGAGGAUGACAAGGAGGCCAGAGAUGCAUGCAACUGUGCUUCGCCUGCUGCUAUGUCACUACUCCUGCUGGAUGAGACAGCCGGAGACCUGCCUGUCAGAGACAGCAGCCCGAAGCCCUCAGUGAUCACAGCUAUUCAAGAUGUGUCAGCCAUUGCUCGUCCCACAAAGGCCCGUGGGGUGAAGACCCGGAUGAGAGAGCCAGUGGCAUGGACACGGCAGCAUGUGAGCCAGAUGAACCGGGCAGAGCUGGAGGAUGGGUUCCUACGUCUACAUGACGAGAACCUGGUGCUCAAGGAGUUUGCCUGCAAGCAGGAGGACAGGAUCAAGAGGUUGGGCACUAAGCUGCUGAGACGUACUCAUGAGCGGGCACAAGUUGAGGGCCAGCUGGGUGCCAGGGCCAGGUGGUCAGGCCAGGACCUGGAGGAGUCCUUGGAGGAACUGCAGGAGCGGGUGUGGAACCUGGAGCGGCGCAAUGAGGGGCUGCGGAGCCGUCUGCUAUCCUACAAGCAGCAGCUGCAGCUCCACGGGUGCAGGCGCCACUGGCCCUACGGCUACGUCCAACCCCGCGUGGACACCGGACUCCGGCAGGUUCACACCGCAGGCGGGAGGGUGACUGAGAGACAUCACAGAGGGAUGCGGGUGCGCGGUCCAGAGGCCAGACCUACCCACACAGCUCCCCCAAGAUACAGAGACCACAUCACAGAGGGAGUACGAGUCGAUAUGGAGAGACUAUGUGUCCGUCCCCCACCCAGCACCAUGGAAGGGGUAGCAGCCCCUGAAUCCCAACUAUCCCACAGCCUGGUGUUGGCAGAGCUGGAGCCUGAGUCACAAUGCCUGGCGUGGGGGAGAGAGAUGGAUCUCGAUGGGGCCCCGUCCCAGCAGUACCACCAGCAGGCCCUGGAGCAUCGAGCCGCCAUCCGGGGGAACGUGGAGCUGAUCCGGCUGCAGCGGCUCCUGGGAGAGCGGAGCUGCGAGCUGGCCGUGACCAGAGGCCGAUUCACUGACCUGCAGGAGGCGUAUGAGAGCCAGCUCCAGCAGAACCAGGAGAUGUUGCGAACCAGCAGUGAGGCCCUCCUGGCCCAGGUGGAGGAGCUCACUGUGCAGCUGAAGGCGGAGACGCAGAAGGUGUUGGCGUUGGAGAGCAAAGUGGAGAGCAUCUCAUUCCUGCAGGGGGCGCUGGAGGAGUUUCAGGAGAGAAUCAGGUCCCUGGAGAAGGAGCGAGACCUGUUGAAAGAGGAUUAUGAUAAAUUGCUGGAGAGCAGUCUGGCCUGUGAGCAGCGGCAUGGGAACAUCUCACGGCUGGAGGAGCAGCUGAGCUUGGAGCUGGCAGAGAAGAGAGGGCUGAUGGAGGAGCUGGCGCAGGAGAGAGCUCGGAGUGAGGAGCUGAAGCAGGAAGUGGAGAGGGGGAACCAAACUCCAGAGCAGAAGCCUGAUCCGACCCUGUCCCAGCCCCCCUGCCUCGAUAGGCUCCCCACCGAGACUGAGCAGGAGGCGCUGUUCACCCAGCGGAGCCUGAGCCGGAGACGCCAUGAGACAGAAGCUGCCCAUGCUGACACCAUCUUGGAGCUGGAGAAAACCCGGGACAUGCUGAUCCUACAGCAUCGCAUCAACCGGGACUAUCAGGCCGAGCUGAAAGGUGUGAUGGUGCAGGCUGAACAGGAGAAGAGGGGACAUGAGGAAAAGCAGCAGAAAAUGGCGCAGCUCCUGGAUCUGCGCAGCACCCGCAUCCGCCAGCUGGAGGAGCAGCUGAAGGAUGUGGCCUAUGGGACGUGGCAGCUCCCACUCCUGUGGACUGAGGGUGAUGUGGAUGUGGAGGAGGUCAAGGCCCCCGUGCUGCGGCGUGGUGAGAACCUGUUUGAGCUGCACAUUGCAGGGGCAGUGCUGUCAGGGGAGGCACUGCAGCUGCUGGGGGAAGUCCAGCCCAUCACCUUCUGCACCUAUGCCUUCUAUGACUUCGAGACACACUGCACACCGGUGGUGCGAGGGGCCCGGCCCCGCUACAGCUUCACGUCUCAGUAUGUGAUACAGGCUGAGCCCCUCUUCCUGCAGUACCUGCAGAGAGCUGCCGCCCGCCUAGACCUGCACCUGGCCACGGCUACUGACCACAGCACUCUGGCUUCCUGUUGGCUGCGCUUCCGGGAGGUUCUGGGGAGCGGGGAGCGCAUGCAUGCCACAGCGAUGCUACAUGGUCCGAGCGGUGAGAACUACGGGAUGCUGGAGUAUUGGAUGAGGUUGUGCCUGCCCAUGGAGCAGACCAUGCGGCUGCACUGCGAGCGCACCAAGGCCUUGGGCUACUUGUCAGCCUGCAUGCCCCAGGCCAGAGCUACCCAGCAGAGCAGGCAACAGGACAAGGAGGGGGUCCUGGAUGCUGAGUGGCUGUGGAAUGAGCUGCAAGUGCAGAUUGUAGGCUGCACGGGCCUGCGGGGUCGCUGGUUCAACACCCAGCCCAGCCCCUAUGCCAUGUACCGCUUCUUCACCUUCCCUGACCACGACACGCCCAUCAUCCCCUCCAGCAACAACCCACACUUUGGAGACCUGCGGACCUUCCCCAUGCGCUCCACAGCUGAACUCAACCGCUAUCUGCGUCUAGAGAGCCUCUGCGUGUACAUCUUUGAUGAUGAGGAUACAGAGCCAGGCAGUUACUUGGGCAAAGCACAGAUCCCCCUGUUGCCUCUGGCACAGGGGCACUGUAUCACAGGAGAUUUUGUCCUCACCGACCCAGCUGGGCACCCCAAUGGCUCUAUCAGCCUCAGCCUGGAGUGGAAGCGUCAGUACCUGCCCCCGGGGGCCGCCCUGCACCAAGCAGCCUGGGCCAGGAAACACCAGCGUGAGAGACCCUUGGAGCAGCUGAUUGAGGAAGAAAGGGCUGCACUACACAACCAGGGGACACUGGAGGGGAAGGAGGCCCAGGCUGGCGAGGAGGAAGCAGAACACUCAGCUAAGGACGCUGAAACCUCUGCCAGGACCCAGCGCUUGGAGCCCAAAUCCCUUGCACUGGACGUAGGCUCUGCUCCUGAGGACAUGGCCCCCGAGGAGGCCGGUGAGCCAGCGCUGGAGAGCAGCAGCGAUGCACAGACCACAGACAGUGACGAGAUUGUGGUGGGGACCAGCCUGGGGAGCCCUCCAAAGGUGGACGUGGAGCGGAUCCACAUUGAGAUUGUCUCUCUGAGUCUGCACCCUGAGGCUGAGGCCAUGGCCAGUGAGCACAUCCAGCAGCUGUACGUGGAGUACCACUUCCCAGGGGUGCCCCUGACGGAGACCCCCCUGUCCCUGCGCAAGCCCCAGGGCGGCGAGGAGAUCUACUUCCACUUCAGCAAGGGUGAGCUGCCGCUGCAGUUCGUGGUGGUGAGCGAGCCCCUGCCUGGGACAGGAGGCGAGUGUGAGGACGUGGGCUUUGCCUACAUAGACCUGCGUGAGAUCCUGCUGACAGGCAACGAUGUGCUGGAGCAUGACCUCGAUGUUGUCAGCCCUCAGGACCGCUCUGCCAUCGGGAGGCUGAAGGUCUCUGUGGAAGCAGCUGCUGCCCUCUGCGCCAUCUAUUGGGAAGGGAGACGAAAGGCUGAGGAGGAGGAAUGAAGGACCCAUCAGCUCCCACAAGGCAUGCAAGGACUUGGCACAGUAAGGUUCAAAGGGGGACCUCCCCCCACCUCAAAGCUCACUGGUGAAGGAUGUCACCCCGCCUGAGCAGUCAGCACAUGACUCAGACUGUGAGCGCCUCGGGGCAGCGCCUGGCCUGUCCCUGCUCUGUCUAUACAGAGCC